AACAGCAAGUUCGUAAGACGUAAACACACCUUCUCUUGAUAAGGAAAGUCGGCUUGGAGUUUCUAGAACACUAUGUAAAGCAGUAAGGCCAUCUUACGAAGCCGUGGCUAAAGGCGCAGUUGUACCUGGAGUUUCUCUUGUAACGUGUCGAACCACUGUGCUGGUAUCAUGCUUUCUAUGAUAGAAUCCUCCUCUUACGUCGGACAACUCCUAUGUUAGUCAGCGGAUCGUGAUUGUAAUAAGAAUAAGUCAAAUUAUCUUCAUGAAAUCCCUUUUGUCGCAGAAGAUCACAGAGUUUUCAGCGUAAGUAGAAGAUCUAACGACAUUACGAAUCUAUUUAGAAGUUAUAGAACAUCAGUCAAAAUAGGGAACAAAAUGGGCAGCAUCGAAAAGAUCCCCGAAGUUGCACCCGAUGCGAUCCCAACUGUGGAUAUCAGCGCCUUCACUGAUCCCAAUGCUUCAGAAGACGCUAAGCAGGCAGUAGUCGAUGCCGUACGACAUGCCUGCACUACCUAUGGCUUCUUCUAUCUCGCCGGUCACGGUGUGAGCCAGGAGAAGCGCGAGGGUAUCAUGGACUGCGCUAAGAGAUUCUUCGACCUUCCUCAGGAAGACCGCAUGGAUGUCUGGAUUGGCAAGUCCAUGGGCAAGUCUUUCCGUGGCUAUGAGCCCCCUGGAAUUCAGACUCACCAAAAGGGUCUUCUUCCUGACAUUAAGGAGUGCUUUAUCAUCGGCCAUGAAGUCCCCGCCGAUGACCCGGAGGCUGGUACCUUCUCGACCGGCCCCAACCUAUGGCCUAAGAACCUCAAGGAUGAGGAGUUCCGAACUCCUAUCAUGGACUACCAAGCUACUAUGCUUGCGCUGUCCAAGGUUCUCCUGAAGCUCCUCGCCCGUGGUCUUCCCAAGGCCUGGGGCCAGCCCCCUGAUGUCAUGGACGAUUUCGCCGUCAACCCCUCUAUGCCCAUGAGACUUCUACACUAUGCUCCCCAGGAGGUCCUCGACGAGCGACAGUUCGGCGUGGGUGACCACACCGACUUCGGUGGUAUCACCAUCCUGCUCCAGGAGAUGAACACGAAGGGUCUUGAGGUCUGGUACCCUCCUACCGAGACCUGGAUCCCCGUUCCUCCUAAGGAGAACACCUAUGUUAUCAACAUGGGUGACAUGAUGCAGAAGUGGACCGCUGGCUACUACCGCAGCGCCCGCCACCGGGUUAUCACCUCCGGAACUACUCACCGUUACUCUACCCCUUGGUUCUUGAACGGCCAGCUUAAGCUCAAGUGUGAGGCCCUCGACGGCUCUGGUGUCGAGACUAUUGUUGGCGAACACAUCCGCCAGCGUCUCAUUGCUACCAUGCCGGAGGCCGGAAAGGCACUCAAAUAGACUCAUUGUGACUAAAUAUCGAGUGAAGUUUGAAGGGAACAGAGAGAUAGCUACCCCUUUCCCUUACUUUAUGCGCGCAAGCGCUAGUGUGUAACUAGUUGUAGAUUGCUGGUGGGAGGAUUGUUGUUCCGGUUUAUAAUUCAUCAGGGACAUAUUCUUUCCGCAAUUCUCUUUUGUAUAGGUACCAACUAGGUUGUUAGAAAUAAGCGGCUCAAUAAAAUCUAUGAUAAACA